AUGCCGGUGGCGCCACCAGGGGAGCAGUGGUGGCUGGUGGUAAUUCAGAAACACACGAUAAACAAAGGAUCCAGGUCAGAGGUAGAGAAACGACUGGAGCUGGUAAAACAAGUGUCCCACAGCACCCACAAAAAACUAACAGCAUGUCUACAGGGACAACAAGGUGUGGACGCCGACAAACGAUCCAAAAAGCUACCAUUAACAACAUUAGCCCAGUGUUUAGUGGAAGGCUCUGCCAUCCUGGGUGAAGAUACUUUGCUGGGGAAGAUGCUGAAGAUGUGCGGUGACACAGAAGACAGGCUAGCCCAGGAACUCAUCCUCUUUGAGCUACAGAUAGAACGAGAUGUGAUAGAGCCACUUUUUGUGUUAGCUGAGGUGGACAUUCCUAAUAUCCAAAAACAGAGAAAACAUUUAGCAAAACUUGUAUUGGACAUGGAUUCAGCUCGAACACGGUGGCAGCAGUCUUCAAAGUCAUCAGGGCUGACGAGCAAUCUGCAGUCGUCUGGCGCCAAGGCUGAUGCACUCAGGGAAGAAAUGGAGGAAGCAGCGAAUCGAGUGGAGAUCUGCAGGUUAAUAGAGGUGCAAGCAGAAUAUCACAGGAAGUCAUUAGUGCUUUUACAGAACAUAUUGCCUCAAAUUAAAGCACAACAAGAGGCUUGGAUAGAAAAACCUUCUUUUGGUAAACCACUGGGAGAACACCUUACAAUAAGUGGAAGGGAAAUUGCGUUUCCUAUUGAGGCCUGUGUGACGAUGUUGCUGGAGUGCGGCAUGCAGGAAGAGGGUCUCUUCAGAGUAGCUGCUUCUGCCUCCAAACUUAAAAAGCUGAAAGCUUCUCUUGACUGUGGUGUGCUGGACGUGCAGGAAUAUUCUGUUGAUCCUCAUGCUGUAGCAGGAGCUCUUAAGUCGUAUCUUCGUGAGCUACCAGAACCCUUGAUGACGUUUGAAUUGUAUGAUGAAUGGAUACAGGCAUCAAACAUUCAAGAUCAAGAGAAGCGGCUUCAAGCUUUAUGGAAUGCGUGCGAGAAACUACCCAAGGAAAAUUAUAACAAUUUCAGAUACUUAAUCAAGUUUCUAGCCAAGCUAUCAGAAUAUCAAGAUGCCAACAAAAUGACACCUGGUAACAUGGCAAUUGUCCUUGGACCCAACCUGCUGUGGACAGCUAAUGAAGGGUCUAUGACUGAAAUGAUGACAACAGUCUCAAUACAGAUUGUUGGAAUCAUUGAACCCAUCAUUCAACAUGCUGAUUGGUUCUUCCCAGGAGAUAUUGAAUUUAAUGUCACUGGAAGCUAUGGCAGCCCAGUCCACACCAACCAUAAUGCAAACUACAACUCCAUGCCAUCUCCAGACAUCGAUCAUUCUGACCGCAAGCAGCACGACCAGGGCAGGCGACCACUCAGCGUUGCAACUGACAACAUGAUGCUGGAGUUUUACAAAAAGGAUGGCAUGGGUGUGAGGGUGAUGGACACAUCCUGGGUGGCCCGCAGAGGCUCCUCCGGAGUCCGAAAAACAUCCUCCACCCCACCCGGCACGCAGCCCCCUCCUCCGCCCGCCGAACCUGCCGCUUCGGGUCAGUCGCCAAUCCCUGAGCAGUCUGUAGAAAAUUCCUCUUCUCCCUCCCCCACUCCUCCUCCUAGCGGCCCACUACCCGGGGCUGAACGUGCAAGCACAGACGAGUUGUCUUCCAAUUGGUCGGAUUCCGGUUACUCUUACCCUUCCCCAGAGAAUAAAAGACCUUCCCCUUCUUCUUGUUACCAGCAUGCCCACCAUUUCUACCAUCAGGCUCAGCCGUCUGCUCGGCCCGAGGGUCUCCCUCAAGCUUCCUCCCCUCAAAAGUGGUCAGGGUACAGCCCAACCUUUCUCACUCAGCCCUCCUCCCCACAGCAGCUUGACAUCAACUCGAACCCCAAGCCGUGCUCCCUGCACCUUUUUAAGCAAAGCCCCCUCACUGACUCGCAUGUAUCCGAAACUAAUAUCUCACCUGUCUACAUCAAAACCCCUCUACUCCUAACCAAGCACGACCCUUGUGGUACCCCCUUUAACCCUCCUGUGUCAGCCUCUCCCCCGUGGGUCGGCUGUGCCUGUGCCAGAGACAAAGGAACCAGGCUGACUAGUGCUAUGAAAGGCAAAGAACUUUCACCUGUGAUUGGACAGAAAGGGAGACCUGUUUCCGACCAUGUGACUUCUUCAAGCAGCCUCCAGCAAAGCAUUGCCACAAGUCAACUGCCAAGUGAGCAAAGCCCCCAUACCCUGAGGAAAGCUGCAAAGAAGGUGGCCCCCAUAGCUCCUAAAAUCCCCUUUGACCAGGCAACAGGCCAACCUUCCCCUGCAAGCUUAUCUCCUACUCCCCCAAGCACUCCAUCGCCAUAUGCUGCAAACUAUCCUCAAGCUUAUACCUUACCAUCAAGUCAAACACCCACAGCUGCUCCAUCCCUGUCUUCUCCUCCAUCCCAAACAAGCACUUUAACUAAAUCUCGACCCACACUCAAGCCUAGACAAAGACCCACUCUUCCACCUCCACAGCCUCCUACAACAGGGUCUAGUCCACAGGCUUUGGACCAUACAAUUUUAGACAACCUGUCAGCUGGAGAAAGCAUGUCUACAGAUAUUGACAAUCCAGAUCCUUCUUUUAUACAGUCAGUAGAGCUUCAUGAUGCGCUCUACACAGAAUCUUCAGACCAAAUUUGCACAAACUCUGUGGCAGACUGUAGAAUAAGAGCAGAUUCUGACGAGGAGUCAGAAAGUACUGUCCUAUGACGUAAGAACACUCCAUUUGUGUGACUCAAGCUGUACAUAUAUUACAUCAACAGGAUGGUAGAUCAAUGGGCAUCUCUUCACAUGUAACUGCAAGAAAAGCUGCUUCCAUUUACUAUGGGAAUGGAAUUCUUUAAGAUAAAAGUUUUGCUUUGGUUCGAUUAUGGUCAGUCAGCCCUUAAAAACACUGUUCUGUUGUCUGAGAUCAAUUUUUUUUAACUUUUUAUUUAGCCUUACUGAGAUGACUUUUUCAAUAAAGAACUUGGCCUUUGAACCUGCCAUUUAAUUUGAUUUAUAUAUUUUCAUAGUACAAAAGAAUGCUAUCACACCCACAUAGAAAUAAGCAUUGAUGUAUCCUACAUAUGAAGUAAUUGUCUUUUAUGAGAUGGUAGUUUGAGUUUCUAUACAUGGCAAAACUUCUGAUUCUUUGGAGAAAAUGGUUUACCACAAAUAGGAGGUCAGAAUCUUGCAUUUAGAAAUCUUCCAUCUACUGAAGAAACCCCUUUCUGUUGUACACUGGAAUGAGCCCAUCCUUAGGGCAGACAGAAAGGUGGGCCUAAAAGCAUAGAUUAACAUACAGUACAAAAAUUAUCAAAAUAAAUCUUCAUUGUCUGAUAGAUGAAGAAGGUACACUCAGGAUUAAGUCAACAAGCACUGUUGAGUGAGGGAGUUAACUGUUUUAAUGCGUACCCAUACAAACAGCCAGUCAAAGAUUUUGACCCCCUAGAGUUUUACAGAAUCACAAACAAAAUCCAUUUCUAAAAGUAGCCAUUCGCACAGAACAAAAAUGAGACUUUAUUUCUGAUCAUUGUGAUUUAAAUCAUCAUUGAAAAUAUAAUUCUACGUCCCAUUGUAUACACCCUGGUAUUUGUCUGUUUAUACAGUUCAAAGGAGAAAUGUGCUAAAUGCUGUGGUAUAGUUUAAAUUUGUAUAACCCAUGGCAAUUGCCAAUUAUUCUGAAAGUAACUUCAGCCUGAAAAAAGGAAGAAAGCUGUCAGUAUUGUACUUUUUAAAUUAAAAAAAGUCUGUACGUGGAUGGUGACUAUUACAAUGGACUGUUGUGGCAGUAAAAGUUUACUUGUUAUCAUGCCAGAAUACCUUGUAUGAAUAGAAUUUAAUUAAUGUCUAUGUAAAUGUUGUAUUAAAAAUAUACUGUGUAUUUAAGGGAGAGGGGCUAGACUGGUGACUGAUUAUGUGUCUAUUACCUUUGUAAUGUACAGGACCUAAAACAUUGCUCCAUGCAGUGACUUAUUUUAAAUGAUCAUAGAGUGUAGAGCUAUGAGAGAACAUAAUAUAUCUGUUAUAUAAACACUUGUUUCAUGCAUUAUGUUUCACUUGAAAAUAUAUAUAAUUAUAGUGCUUUAAAAUAAACACGUUUAAAUAGAGGGUUUAGUGGCAAUGCCUGAGAAAUAAAGUUGUGCUGAUUCCCUCAUCUGUGGUCUCUCAUCUAAAACCUGGAGAAAAACUGAACUGAAAAUAAAAAAAACCUGAAAUAUUACAAAAUGUAGAGCAGACUUGAUGUGUCCUCAAAAGAUGUUACAAUUUCAUAUCACAACAAUAAAAUAAAAUAUACACAUUUUGACAAAAUGUGAAACAUUCCAGUCAUUAUGGAGAUAUGUGGUUCUGUGGUAUGGAUGAAAAUGGAUGCAGGCUUUCCUAAAUGUAGUUAAAGAGAAAUAGUUAUGACUCCAUUUGUUCGUGGGAGUGUUUUGCUGAGAUUAAUCACUGCGAACCCCUUUGUAGGUCUGAAAAUUGAGGAUGGUUCAGUCUAGCACACUCCUUCUGUCACUAGGUGGAAGCAGAGAUAGAUUUCAUAUUGCUGUGUGAGCUAUAGCUAUGAUGGUACCACAUGUAAUCCCUGUCUUUGUAGAUAUUGCAAAUCUGUUGAAGUCAAUAAGAUAAAGAAGAAUGCCUUGCAAGAAGUCAACAAGGUAGUAAUCUUUCAGGUUGAUGGGUGUCUGACAGUCUCCACACCAUUCUCUUACAUUGUUUGAUGACUAAUACUUUCUUCUUAAUGAAAUGUUGAUAUUUCUGAAAUAUGAGGUGGCUUCAGUCUUUGUCAUUUGCAAAAGAAAUAAUAAAAUCAAACUGCUGCCUUACUGAU